CCGCUUCCGGUCCGUGUCCUUGGUGCUCCGUGUCCUGUGGGUUGUUCCUCGGCUGCCUUGUGUGCGUCCGGGGAACAUGGCGGCGACGGCGGCCAGGGUCUGGUGGCGCAGGCUUGCGGGGGCCGCGGCGCUGGCCAGGGGAGCUGGGCGACCCUGGGUGCUGUUGCCGGUGAGGAGGGAGAGCGCCGCGGCCGACACGCGCCCCACUGUCAGACCACAGAAUGAUGUGGCCCGCAAACAACUCUCAGCUUUUGGAGAAUAUGUGGCUGAAAUCCUGCCCAAGUAUGUCCAACAAGUUCAGGUGUGCUUCUUCAAUGAGUUAGAGGUCUGCAUUCAUCCUGAUGGAGUUAUCCCAGUGCUGACUUUCCUCAGGGAUCACACCAAUGCACAGUUCAAAUCCUUGGCUGACUUGACAGCAGUGGACAUCCCAACUCGGCAGAACCGUUUUGAGAUUGUCUACAACCUACUCUCUCUGCGCUUCAACUCACGGAUCCGUGUGAAGACCUACACAGAUGACCUGACGCCCAUUGAAUCCAUUUACUCUGUGUUCAAGGCAGCCAACUGGUAUGAGAGGGAGAUCUGGGACAUGUUUGGUGUCUUUUUUACCAACCAUCCUGACCUAAGAAGGAUCCUCACAGAUUAUGGCUUCGAGGGACAUCCUUUCCGGAAAGACUUCCCUCUAUCUGGCUAUGUGGAGUUACGCUAUGACGAUGAGGUGAAGCGGGUGGUGGCUGAGCCGGUGGAGUUGUCCCAAGAGUUCCGCAAGUUUGACCUGAAUAGCCCCUGGGAGGCUUUCCCUGCCUAUCGCCAGCCGCCUGAGAGUCUCAAACUUGAAGCUGGAGACCAGAAGCCUGAAGCCAAGAAGCCCGAAUCCAAGUAGCUCCGUGGAAGGCAUAUUGGUCCUAGAAACGCCUUAUCUAUAAUUGUUUGUGUAAAUAAAUUCCUACUUAGGCUCACCA